CAUGAUUUAUCGACAAUUGAAUCGGAGAAUACAUCGGGUUCAUAGUAUUAACGGCAUCAAUUUUCAUGUGUUUAAAAUUGAAUAUUUUGUAGAACAUGGAAUAUUUCAUCAGACAUCAUGUGUUACAAUUCUUCAACGAAAUAGGAGAUGAAAGUCGAACGGAAACGUCAUCACGUGUGUAUGCGUGCGUGCUUGCUUGGUUUGGCUAGGCACAUCAAAUCAAUUGGUUAGGUGUUACUGUAUCGUUGCGAAUUUCUUAUAUAAGUUCCUCUUUCAUUACAGCUCCGAUCACUACAUUUUGAAUAAUCCGAGAUGAAGAAAGAGUCCAAACAGAUUCUACGAUUGACCUUUCUCCUACUCUUCUUCUUAUCCACCGUAUUCUCAUCUCACUCACCACACAAAACGCAGCGUUUUACAUCCUCCGAUGACAGCACUGAGCUCCUCGUCGCCGCAUUAAACCAAACCAUCUCAAAGGUCAAUCUCUCUUCCUCCAACUUCUCUGACCUCCUAAACCGUCUAGGCUCUAACCUAAGCCACCGCGACCGCUGCGCAUUCGACGACUGUCUCCAGCUACUCGAUGACACCGUCUUUGAUCUCACCGCCGCGAUAUCCGAGCUCCGAUCUCAUUCUCCGGAGAUCCAUAACGUUAAAAUGUUACUCAGCGCUACGAUGACAAAUACACGAACGUGUCUCGAUGGUUUUGCUUCUAGCGACGACGAAGAGGAGGAUGAUUUGAAUUAUAAUAAUAACAAGACGUAUGGAGUGGCUGAGAGCUUGAAAGAGAGCCUAUUCGAUAUCUCUAGCCACGUCAGGAACUCGUUAGAUAUGCUUGAGGAUAUUCCAGGGAAUAUUCCGGGGAAACUUGAGGAGGACGUUGGGUUUCCGAUGUGGGUCUCAGGGAGUGACCGCAACCUACUUCAAGAUCCCGUGGAUGAGACUAAGGUUGAUCUGGUGGUGGCUCAAAAUGGUACCGGAAACUAUACAACCAUAGGCGAGGCCGUAUCCGCCGCUCCCAACUCGAGCGACACCAGGUUUGUGAUAUAUAUAAAAUCUGGGGUAUAUUUCGAAAACAUUGAAAUACUGAGGGAGAAGACAAUGAUAAUGUUCGUCGGGGAUGGAAUCGGACUGACAGUAAUAAAAGCUAACCGUAGUUAUGGAGAUGGAUGGACAGCAUAUUUCUCUGCCACCGUUGGUGUGAGAGGUAGUGGCUUCAUAGCUAAGGACUUAUCAUUCGUGAAUGAUGCCGGACCGGCUAAACACCAGGCUGUGGCAUUACGAAGUAGUUCUGACCUCUCUGCCUUCUACCGAUGCAGCUUUGAAAGCUACCAAGACACCAUCUAUGCCCAUUCACACAAACAGUUUUAUCGAGAAUGUGAUAUAUAUGGCACGGUCGACUUCAUAUUUGGCGACGCAUCGGUUGUGUUCCAGAAUUGUAGUCUCUUUGCUCGUAGACCAAAUCCUAACCAGAGAAUCAUAUAUACCGCUCAAGGUCGGGAAGACUCACGUCUACCCACAGGCAUUUCUAUAAUUCAUUGCAAGAUCUUGGCCGCACCUGAAUUGAUCCCUGUGCAAGCCAACUUCAAAGCAUAUUUAGGCCGUCCGUGGCAACUAUAUUCUAGGACGGUUAUCAUGAAAUCGUUUAUUGACGAUCUGGUGGAUCCUGCCGGAUGGUUUAAGUGGAAAAAUGAUUUUGCACUUGAAACCUUAUAUUAUGGAGAGUACAUGAACGAAGGGCCGGGGUCGAACCUGACCAACCGGGUCCAGUGGCCUGGUUUUAAGCGUAUAGAAACCGUGGAGGAAGCAACUGAGUUCUCUGUUGGUCCAUUUAUCGAAGGCAACAAAUGGCUUAAUUCUACCGGAAUUCCUUUUACUCUUGACCUCUAGUCUAAUCAUUACAAAUUUUGAUAGUAGCAUAUAAGCAAAAUUUCAUUAAUACAUUACCAUGCACAUAUAAUUGUAAGCUGGAUUAUCAAAAAUAGAAAAGAAAUUGUAAGCUGCAGGGGAUCAAAUAAUUUCGACAAUUUAAUACUUGCUAUAAUGUAAGAUCUAUGUGUUUUGAUCUUUGUGUUAAUUGAUUUUGGUAACUAGGUACCAGCUAGUUAGAUGUGUUCUGACCUUUGG